AUGCUCCUCGAGAUCUGCUAUCUACGCCCGAUCGAGGAACUUCUCGUGCCUGAGGACCUCGGACCCAACAAUCAACCCACCGAAAUCUCAUAUCUACAAGCUGCGCGCCGGUGGCUGAUGGAGAAGAAAGGCAAAGGAGAAUUUUCAUUUGCGUUCCUCAAUGCCAUAUCGUAUUGUCUCCAGUGCUUUAUGAACCCCUAUGCAAGCUUGUCGAACCAGGCAUUUUCGAAGACCAUUGAGGAGCGUAUUUUGGUGCCUCUGGAGGACGAGAUGAAUAUGCUCUUGUUCGGGCCAACGGACAGGCAGCUGGGAUUGUGA